AUGGUUUUCUACUUUUGCGCAGACCGAAUUCGAACUCGGUCCUGGUGCAACAACAACGAUGACGUGGCGCAACCAUUAUCCAAACAAUUCAUUUCAGUGUUGGGUUGUGAGAGCAUGACAGCGCCGGAGCAUUCGAGGAUUGAGUUGCAAGAGGAGAACAGACUGGUCGUCAGGUGCCAACACUCCAAGGAGUUUUUCCAUUUCGUCUGCGUUGAUCACACCUGGGUUGGAAGGCCUGGAAACUGUUCUACCGCAGUGUCAACAACAGUGAACGUGAGGAAUGAAAGAGUGGCGUCCGAUGAAUUUAACAUCUUCCCACUGGCAUAUCUAUAUUUCAACAUAAGCAUCCACGUACUCAUCCCGUGGAAAAUAAAAUUGAAAAAUUUUGCAUUCGAGAUAUUUCCUUCACUUGUUCCAUUCUUCCAAGCUUAA